AUGAUGGGAGCUGCUGGCCUCAAAGGGCCCAGUGCUGCCACUGCCUUUGCGCGGCAACGGCUCACUGCGGUUUCUCGAUCCACCCGAUCGAUCUCGACCUUUAGGCCUCAGCGCUUCCAACUUUCCGGCCAGAAGAGCCAAUUGACCCUCGCUUCUUCUGGGACUGCUUCAUGGCGCCGUGCUGCCCUUGCUGCCAGCCCUGUUGCGAUCCGUUUCAACUCGACCUCCUCCGAGUCCACUCCCGCUUCCGUCCCCGAAACGACAACGCCGAUUGACCCGACUGAUGUCGGUUUUGAUAUUUCGGAGAUUCCUGAGAAGAUUGGAUACUUGAAGGAACUCGGUCUGGACUAUGGUUGGGGUCCGUCUUCCAUGCUCCAAUAUGUGAUCGAGCAUAUUCACAUUUGGACGGGUAUGCCCUGGUGGGCUAGUAUUGUCAGUGCUGCCAUUCUAGUGCGUAUCGGUCUGUUCAAGCCAACUAUAGCUGCUUCCGACACGGGUGCCCGUACUCAUAACGCUCGCCCUCUCAUUGAUCCUCUUCGUCAGGAGAUGAUGAAGGCCCGGAUGAAUGGGCAGACACACGAGUUCCAGAUUAAGAAGGCCGAGCUCGAUAAGGUUCAGGCCCAGCAUGGAAUCAAGCCCUCGAAGGCUUUUAUUCCUAUGCUGCAGAUCCCUCUCGGUUAUGGUAUCUUCCGUGUCGUCCGCGGCAUGACCUCUUUGCCGGUGCCGGGCUUGCUGAGCGAGUCUGCUUUGUGGUUGAAUGACUUGACCGUGGCCGACCAGCUAUACUUGAUCCCCGUCAUUACAGCCUCGUGUUUGUACUUUACGCUCAAGAAAGGUGGAGAGACUGGUACUAUGGAUAUUCUCAACACAUCCGCUGGUAAGGCCAUGCUGAUCGGUCUCCCGGCCAUUUCUUUCACAUUCAUGGCUUUCCAGCCCGGUGCUCUGCAGCUGUAUUUCCUGUCUACCGGUGUCCUCGGUCUUGCUCAGGCAUACAUCAUUAACAACGCCAACUUCCGUAAUGCCAUGGGCAUGGCUAUCCCUAUCCGGCGCCAGGCCCCGCAAGAUAUGAGCAACCUGGAGCAGCUCCAAACCCGUCUGGCAGAGCUUCAAGCCAACCCGGAGAAGUUCAAGAAACAAGAGCCCACCAAUGACAGCAACAUCAGCGCCAUCGACCGGGUCCAGAAGAGCAUCAGCAGCUGGAGCGAGAAGGCCAAGCAAGAAGUUACGGAUAAGUGGAGUGAGGUGAGGGGCAACUCUACCAAGAAUGUCGAUGGUUCUCGUGCCGCCGGGCCUCGUCUCAGCACCGAGGACCGACAGUCAGCAGAGAGAUACGAGAAGGAAGCCAGGGCUCGGGAAGCUGCCUUGCGCGAGGAGCGGAACCACGCCCGUCGAAGUGCUCAUAUGAGGACUCUCGCAUCUGAGCGGCAGAAGGCUCAGAAUUCUCUCAAGAAUCUCCAGGCAGUCGGACGCGAUAACCAAGCUCGGAGGAAGUAA